CAGCUAUGGCUAAAGUAUUCCUAGUUUGUUGGUGAUCUUCAAUCACAACAUAGAAGCUUCUAUUGGUGUUUUUUAGCUUUUUUUGGCACCAUAGGGCUUUUUGUCUUACUCUUUUUGUAAAUUACAAACAUGUUUCAUUUUAAUGAUAAUUCAUAUAUUUAUCAAAAAAAAAAAACUACCGUAUAAAUGGUAAAUCGGUUAGUAUUGAGACAUACUAGGUUUUGAAAAUCCUUCUUUGUCUUAAGAAAAGGGUAACUGUUUUACGUUAUUACAAAAUUACUUUGAUUUCUUAAAGUAAAGAAAACUCUCUUUUUUUGUUCGUUUAUAGAAAAUCAAAGAACUCUCUGUCGGCGAUGUCUUGUUGCCGUACAUUUGGUGUUAUUAUAUAACGUUUAUUUGACGAAAAUUAAACUAAAUUAUAGCAUAGUGCCAUGCCUUCUCAUCAAUGUGCAUGCCUUUUUGUCGUUUUCGCUUUGAUUCAGUGUUUAGUUACCCCCAUUUUGGUCUCUUACAAAUUAAAUAUAAGUAAACAUCUUUACCGGCUAACACUCCUAUUUAAGCUAAGCCUUGCUCCAUCAGUUGAACUCCUCUCUUAUUUUUCCUUAGUUCUUAGGCAUCAAUAAAACUCUUAUAGAAUCUCAUUUUCUUUUGUGGCUUUCCACAUAUUCGAUUUGUAGCCCAUUGUUUUCACGUGUGUCGUAACAAACUCAGUGUCUUGGUUAAUAGAGAUGAAUAGGUACACAUUUAACCCACCUGAGGAUGAGCUCAUUAACUACUACUUGAAUAACAAGAUCACAGAAAAUGAUGAUCCUGAGGGGAAACAAAUAAACGAGGUCAACAUAUGUCACCAUGAACCAGCAGAUUUACCAGGGCUGGCGAAGAUAGAAUCGGGUCACACUUGGUACUUCAUAUCGCCGGUAGAGAAGUUCGGGAAACUCAACCGAAGGAAGAGGGCAUCAAAGACAGGACACUGGAAGAUAACGGGGAAUAGCUGUACGAUUAAGGACACUGAUGGUAACCCUAUCGGUUUAAAGAAGUUUCUUGUGUUCCAAGAAAACAAAAACAGAAGAUCAUCUACUUUACUACCCACCACAGUCCAACAACAUAAGUUCACUUGGAUCAUCCAUGAGUUUCAUUCCUUUCUCCACCACCCCAAUAAGAUGUUGACGCACCACAAGGACCCUGUCGAAGAUUACGGUGGAGACUACUGUAAUGACUUAGAAGAGCUAACCCAGUCAUGGGAACAAGGUGAAUCCAACGGUCUCCUUCGAAGAGAAAAUGGACACGUGUACGGACAAAACAUCAUGGAAAACUCGAAUGUGAGUGACACAACGUUGAGAAAAAAAAUUGCUUUCUUAUUUUAUUGGUAUAGAAAAAUGAAAUAAAAUUACUAUUAUAGGGUAAAAUAAAAGUUUGUUCAGAAAAAAAAAGGGUAAAAUAAAAGUAUUAAUUAAUUAUGUUACAAAAACUUAUUUUAUAUAUUUUCCGCAGCAUUUGGAAAUCAGCGAGGCAAUGAUGGGGCCCGUAACGUUUCCAACUCCCAACACCGACCAAAUCUAAAUAAGUUUAACUGAUUGGGACACUUGGGAGUAUCAGACUACACGCGCCGCUCUUUUACUUCUCAACAAACGCUCAGUUUCAACUGCUUCGAGGACUUUAUAAACAUUUGGAUCUCUUCUACUUUAGUUCUCUUUUGUCUGUCUCUCUAUUGAUAUUAUUAUUUGUAUUGUAAUCUUCCUUUUGGCGUUAUUGAUAUUGUACUAGUUUAAUUUCACGAUCUCCUACAAAUAUGUUACUCCCAUCUAUCCAUCUGUUUCAUUAUAUAAAUAGUUUUUAUAAACAUCUAUAUAAAUAGUUUUUAUAAACAUCUAUACAAAUAGUUUUUAUAAACAUUUAUUGUUUGAACAUACAAACAAUUUUAACAUUUCAAUACACUUUUUGUAUUUAUUAAAUAUUGUGUGACCAAUUAAAUUAUGUAAACUUUUGUAAUUGGUUAAACUUAUAUAUUAAAUAACUCUUUUCGUUUCAUAAAAGAUGGUGUUUUAGAAGAUUUUUGUUGUUUCAAAAUAGAUGAUGUUAUGAUAUUUUUAUGUUAUUUUUAACUUUAUUGAAAAUUGUGUAACCAAUUAGAUGUUGUAAUCAUUUAUGUAAUUGAUUGGAUGACUUUUAAAUUACAUUUUAAAACUAUUUUUAGAGAAAAAGUAAAAUUUUUAAUCUUUGUGCACUAAGGAAUAACACCAUUUAUUCUGAAACGGAUGAAGUAAUUUUUAAAAUAACAUUUUUUUAACAUUAGUGUUGUUAACUUAAAAUUAUUUACAUUUUAAAACAGAAAAGAGUAUAGUAAAUAAAACUGAGGGGUUGCAAACUAGAUUUUGAGGUAGCUUUGCACUGUUCCUAAAUUCUCUAAAUAAAAUCUCUCCUGCUAAACUAGGUGAAUAAGAACAUAAGUUGCCCCAAGAAGUCUCUUUACCUUGUGGCGUUGUUGAAAUGUUAGAAAGAAAAGAAGACUACGUUACUUUUAAUUAGAAAAGAGGGCAAAUAGGAUUUCCAGUUGCAGACCCUGUCUAGUUGACAUUUUUGAUUUUGAUUAAAGAAUCUAAAAUCUCUCAUGCUAAACCAGACACAGAGAGAUCCAAUAGAAGAAAUAAAACGCUCUCGUGUGUAAACCCUAGGCUGGCGGUCGCCAGAUCUCGUCCUCAGAUUUGUGUCUCUUCCCUCUCUUCUCUUAGAUUUCUUUUUCUCUUUGUCUUAGAGUCGCUCCCGUUUCCCUGUGUGUUGAAGAGCAUCUGGUAGAGCACUUGGUAUUUCAGAUCUGGUGGUCCUCUUGUAGUUUUGAGCGCAUAGAGCAGUGUUUGUCGGUGGUGUUAAAGGGUUUGUCCCUUCUCCGGCUUCCGUCUGCGUCUCCUAGCGAGGUAAAAGUCCAAGCCUUGGUGUCUCUGUUCUGAUGUAGUGGUUGUGUCGUCAGCCGGUCCUGGGUGGUUUUGCGAUUCUUUGUGAAGGGUUAAACCCGGUUAAUUUUUCCUGGAUUUUAGAGUUAGUCUUGGUGGUCUUUGAUUUAGCAACGGUGUAACAGUGAUGUGGUGAUUCCUAAAGUGUCUAGCAACGGUGUAACGGUGUUUAGCUAUUUUCUAUGAUUUAGCAACGGUGUAACGGUGUUUAGCUAUUUUCUAUGAUUUUUAACCAAUCAAAAUUCAGUAAACACAAUUAAUGUUUUUGAAAUUUACAA